UAUUGUCACCACCGUCGCCGUGCUCUGAGCGCUUCUUUGAGGAGCAACAACAGGUUCAAAUGACAGCCGAGGCAAACCCCGGCGGCCCGUUCGGUGUGACGAAGCAAACGUCAGCGGCAGCGAGCCAACCACAGCCAGCGUAAUUUGCACACAAGAAGCCCCGUGCGACGGAGGCGCUCGGCGGCGGCUCUCUGUGAGGUGCUUUUCAAUGCCUCAACCGCAACACCGCUGUCAUCUGCUUUGGUCGUUCCAAAAAGAGAGAGAGAAAUGAAUGGCGCGGGGAAGCUGUGAAGGAGUAUGCCGGUGCGCAAAGUGAGUCUCCAUCCUUCGCCUUCGCGGAGUGGAAAGUGGAUGCGCAGCCCCAGAGCACCGGGCGCUCUCCGGGAUACCGCGUCUCCGAAGUUGUGCCGUUCACGCGAUUUUCUCCACCUGACCUCCCGGCAAGGCGUUAUAGAUGCUAUUUCCCCGCGCGACUCCAUGGAUUCGGUUCACUGAGGACCAUCUGAAGAACAGGCAUGGCCGUGCCGACGAUGGUGUUCUCUGACGUGGAAAGUUUUCUGGACUCUCACCCCGACUUGUUCGAGGACUACCUGAACAGAAAGGGGAAACACAGCAUGGUGGAGAAAUGGCUGAAGAACCACAAGGCGAGCCAGAGUCCGGCGGCCGCGGCUCCGGCCCCGCCGCCGAGGGAGGCGAAGACCAACGCGUGCGCGGACAGCUGGGCGAGCCAGCGCGACGGCCUGCAGAGGAGAGUCUCCCAGAAGGAGCUGCGCAAAACUUUCGCCCGAUCCAAGGCCGUCAACGUCAACAGGACGUACGACGAGCACGUCAACUCCAGGGCCCAGGAGCCCCUGACGAGCAUGAGGAGGAGAGCCCUGCUGAGGAAAGCCAGCUCUCUGCCGCCGACCACCGCGCACAUCCUGAGCGCGCUGCUGGAGUCCCGCGUCAACAUCCCCCAGUACCCGUCCACGGCGGUGGAUUUUAAGUAUUACCUCAAAGAGCACAACGAAAGAGAGUUUUUCCUGGAGCUGGUGAAAGACAUCUCCAACGACUUGGAUCUGACGAGUCUCAGCUACAAAAUCCUCGUGUUUGUUUGUAUUAUGGUGGAUGCGGACCGGUGCUCGUUGUUUUUAGUGGAAGGGGCGGGCAACAAGAAGACACUGGUGUCCAAAUUCUUUGACGUGCACGCGGGGACCACCGUUUUGCCCUCAAUGAAUUCAGAUGAAGUUCAAGUACCGUGGGGGAAAGGAAUCAUCGGAUAUGUGGCCGAGCACGGAGAGACAGUGAACAUUUCUGACGCCUAUCAGGAUCGUCGGUUCAGUGACGAAAUUGACAAGCUGACAGGGUACAAAACCAAGUCACUCCUGUGCAUGCCCAUUCACAACAGUGAUGGAGAGAUCAUUGGAGUCGCUCAGGCCAUCAACAAGACUUCAAGUGGAGAACUCUUCACUGAAGACGAUGAAAAGGUGCUGCAGAUGUACCUGCCUUUCUGUGGCAUUGCGAUCUCCAAUGCCCAACUCUUCGCCGCCUCAAGGAAAGAGUAUGACAGGAGUCGGGCGCUCUUGGAGGUGGUCAAUGACCUCUUUGAAGAGCAGACUGACCUGGAGAAGAUCGUCAGGAAGAUCAUGCACCGCGCCCAGACUUUGCUAAAGUGCGAGCGCUGCUCUGUCCAGCUGCUGGAGGACAUUGAGUCACCGGUGGUGAAGUUCACCAAGUCGUUUGAGCUACUGUCUCCUAAGUGUAGUGCAGACAUUGAAAGCAGCUUCAAAGACAGCAUGGAGAAAUCGUCCUACUCGGACUGGCUCAUCAACAACAGCAUCGCAGAGCUGGUGGCGUCCACAGGACUCCCCGUGAACAUCAGCGAUGCCUAUCAGGAUCCUCGCUUUGAUGCUGAGGCAGACCAGUUCUCAGACUUCCACAUCCGCUCCGUGCUUUGUGUUCCCAUAUGGAACAGCAACCACCAAAUCAUCGGUGUCGCCCAAGUGCUGAACAGGCUCGAUGGGCAACCGUUCGAUGAUGCCGACCAGCGUCUCUUUGAAGCCUUUGUGAUCUUUUGCGGACUGGGCAUCAACAACACCAUCAUGUAUGACCAGGUGAAGAAGUCCUGGGCCAAGCAGUCCGUAGCUCUGGACGUUCUGUCUUACCAUGCCACUUGCUCCAAGACUGAAGUUGACAAAUUCAAGGCUGCCAACAUUCCCCUGGUUUGCGAGCUGGGCAUCGGUAAGCUGUCCUUUGAUGACUUCUCCCUGGACGUGGACGCCAUGAUAACGGCCGCUUUGAGAAUGUUCAUGGAGUUGGGAAUGGUGCAGAAAUUCAAGAUCGAUUAUGAGACACUGUGCAGAUGGCUUCUGACGGUCAGAAAAAACUACAGAAUGGUUCUGUAUCACAACUGGAGACAUGCCUUCAACGUCUGCCAGUGCAUGUUUGCAAUGCUGACGACAGCGGGCUUUCAGGAGACCCUGACGGAGGUGGAGACCCUGGCGCUUAUUGUGGGUUGUGUGUGCCACGACUUGGACCACAGGGGCACCAACAACGCUUUUCAGGCAAAGACGGGCUCAGCCCUCGCUCUGCUUUAUGGGACCUCUGCUACACUGGAGCACCACCACUUCAACCACGCCGUUAUGAUCCUGCAGAGCGAGGGUCACAAUAUCUUCUCCAACCUCUCGUCCAAAGACUACGGUGACCUCAUGCAGCUGCUGAAACAGUCGAUUCUGGCCACAGACCUCACACUUUACUUUGAGAACAGAAACACUUUCUUCGAGCUGGUCAGCAACGGAGAGUACAACUGGAACCUGAAGGCUCAUAGAGACAUGUGCAGAUCCAUGAUGAUGACAGCGUGUGAUCUGGGUGCUGUCACUAAACCGUGGGAAAUAUCCCGUAAGGUUGCUGAGUUGGUGACCAGCGAGUUCUUCGAGCAGGGCGACAGAGAGAGGUCGGAGCUGAAGCUCACCCCCUCUGCGAUCUUUGAUCGGAAUCGGAAGGAUGAAUUGCCAGGACUUCAGCUGGAGUGGAUCGAUGGAAUUUGUACGCCGCUGUACGAGACUCUUGUCAAAUUGAAUCCCAAACUUCAGCCGAUGGUUGACAUGAUCAAAGCAAACAGGGCCAAUUGGGAGGAACUGAACGAGAAGAGACAACGUGGCCAGAGUGUGUCUGCGCCCUCGGGCCCCUGCAGCGGAGACGCCACAGACACUAGCGAACGCAUUGUGGCCGAAACAGGCGGCAAAACCUGCUGCAGCGGCGAUGCCGAUGGAACAACAUCUAAACCUGCUAGUUAGCUACGGACACCGUCUCCAAGCUGAUCUCUCAUAGGUUUAUUUCCUCUUAAAUGCAGCCUGCAAAAGAAGCAGUGCAUGCAGAGGUUCUUGGGCUCUGCUCCUCUUCGCUUUGACUGCCACAGAUGAGCUUUAGACUUGAGUGCAGCGCUAUCGUGGAGGUUUUUUCUGCCUCCUUCGGUCUUCCUGUGCUGGAGGCUGACAGAGCUGUGUUUGGCGGGCCUGUCGGAGCAGCUAAAAAUCAGCUGAUGAGACGUUGGAAAGGAAACUCAAACCAAUGCGUCAAGCUCUCAACCAGCGAGCUAACGUUGAAUAUUCUGGGCAUUGGACACAUGUUUUCGGCCCAACAAGGCACGGAGAGUUUUGAGAAGAAUGUUUGUUUCUGCUGCGGUUCCUUUUGCUCUCGGUACCUCCUCGUUGCUUGAGAUAUUUUUUGUAAAUAUGUACACUAUUAAGUCAUUUGAAAGUGCUGUUUAAGAACCCGUGAGCUCUGGCUUGUUAUGUGGCUUCAGAGUUUCGGAAGGAUAAAGCAGUACAGGAACAGCAGGACCAGUGACAAAGCUUGCAAUGCAAAUUUAGUGCUAGGCUCUCUUCCUGUGCCUUGUUUUAAGAUCCUAAAGAAAAAUGCAUGGCCGCCUCACCGAGACUCUUAGAUGGAAAGCCAAGUUAAACCAUGACUUUUAUUGCCAUAAUUUAUAAAAACAAAACAACUGCAGUUAUGUCUUGAUCAUGUCAGCCACAAAGAAUUAACAUUAUGUACAAAAAAAAAUCUAUUUUGCCCAUUUUUAUAAAUGUAGGGUCCCACUUGGCUCACACACACACACACUGUGCCUUGAUAAAGUUGACACCAAUUCAUUUCUUUAGGAAAUGCAUCUGCUGAAACAUACAUUACAGUUAAUUAAAACUCACUAAACCUAGAGUAGUUGAUAUUUGAAUAAAUAAACUUACCAUUUUCUAAUGUUUUUUGAGUGAGCCAAAGUUAAACUCAGCUUCCAAAAGCAAUAAAUCCACCAACCAGCAGUUCUAAAGACCAUAAAUUAAUAAUUUUUUGGGUUAAUCUACAAAAACAUAAGCAAAAAACACAGUGUACAGUCUUUCAAUGGGUUAUAAGUCGGAAUAAUUUACCCUCAGAUAUUUUUGUUUUUUUACUCAGAGAAAUUUAGAAAUUUAGCCUUUUUUGUAAUCAAAAUAAUAUAAUAUUCAACAACUAAUUAGUUAAUUGCUGCAGCCCCAGAUGUAACCCGUCUAGGGGGGCUGGUGUGUGGAUUUUGAUACCUCUGGUCAGGCUCACUGUUCCUUUCUCCUUUUCCUUUGUAUUUAUGCUGAGCUGACCAGUACAUUUAUUUUAACAUGGUGCCCUCCAACUUGCCGUCAGAAGUGAUUUUGUGUAUUUUGUCAAAAGUUUGAUUUUGUUUCUUGCUUUAAUUUGAUUUAUUUUAUUCUCUUAAAACUCACAAAUUCUACUCAAACAGCUUUCAUAUCCAAAAGAAGACUGAUACUGAAACUUGUCAUACUGAAGUGCCCAUGUUAUAGUAUAAAAGUGUUAUUCUUUGGGGGUUUGCCUUAUGAAUUGUGUUGUAGCUUUGUUAAUUGGAGUUUAAAACGUGACUUUGCACAUUGUGUGGCAUGGAUCUGUACUCUACUGUAUUUUAGUUAAAGAGCAGAAUUGAAAUCGACCAGAAACAUUUUGAAUUGCAUGUUUUAUGCAGUAUUAAAUUCAACUAUUUGCUAAGGAUGUAGCAAACACGUGAGCCAACAAAUACCUCGUAUUUUGAACUUUACCAGUAGACACAUUAUCUCGUUGGAAAUGCAUGAUUUAAAUCCUACUGCAUCAUGUAACGUGAACUAUGAAUUUCGCUGUUCUAUUUUUCUAUUAGGUCUCCAAAUGUGGCCAAACUACUUUGUCCUUUUUGCAAUGUAACGUACUUCUUGUAUUUCUUCUCUACUCACCAGGUUUGGACUGUGGAUUUAUUGAUCAGCAGGCUAACGGAAAUGAACCUAGGGCAUGAAAAGGCAAAUGUGCAAUGUUGCUGUUCAGAGUUUAAAUAAAAAUAUGCUGCUAUA